AGUCAUGGGCGAGCCCGGCUCCGAGGCCCUGAUGGCAGGCUGUCCUGCCUAAUCGCUGCCGGCAGCCCGUGGAAAACCACUUUCUGGUUAAGUCUGCAUCACACUCCUCCACCAAUGGAAAAAAUUGAACAUGAUGAGGGUGUGUAGCUAGCAGACAAAAAUAUAUCCAGCAUUGCACAGGAUCUGUUUUUAGCUCUUAACGGCCGAGCAUUUGAAGUGUUAGACGUUGUUUCCUGCCUUACCAUGGGCAGGAAGAAGAGGGAGUCCACGGAUGUGUAUCUAGACCUUGACUCUGGGAAACUUGGUGGACUAAUUAAAAGAGCCUGAGAAGAACUGGCUACAUCCAAAGUUCUGGCAAAGGGAUGUUGAACAGCUGGUCAGCAUUGUCCACAUGUCACAUUGCACGUUGUAUCCGCCUUUCGGCUUUCCUCCCGGCAGUACUGUGUUAAUUAUUGAGGCAUCGCCUCAUGGAUUAAUACAUCAGUCUUUUCAGCCAGAUCCUGUUGGGAUGAUUCCUGCUCUUAGUUGGUGCCCAGAUCAACCUUCUAACAGGAUCAUUUCAUGGACUCCCUCCUCUCACUUGCUAACCAUGCUGCCUUGCUCCCAGGACCCUGUCAGCUCGACUGACCAUUAAUCUCCCUCAGCGCACAAACCAGACUGCAGGUUACAAUGGGGAACUCCGAGAGUCAGUACACCCUUCAAGGACCUAAAAAUCAUAGCAAUACUAUUACUGGUGCUAAGCAAAAGCCUUGCUCCCUGAAAAUCCGUGGCCUUCAUGCAAAGGAUGAUAAGUCAUUGCACGGAUGGGGUCACGGAAGCAGCGGAGCCGGGUACAAGUCCAGGUCGCUGGCCCGAAGCUGCCUUUCUCACUUCAAGAGCAAUCAGCCUUACGCAUCCCGACCGGGUGGCCCCUCGUGUAAAGUCUCCAAAGGCAGUGCCUACUCCAAGCACAGGACCAAUGCCUCGGGCUCGGAUUUCCAGGCCAACGAUGCUGCUUUCUCCCCCGAGAACGGCUUCCACUACGUCGGGCACCCACCGGCGGAUAACCACGCGGCCUCGAGGGGCUGCAAUGGGCACCUUCUCAACUGCUACGGCAGGGACGAGAGCGUCGCGUCCACCCCUCCCGGCGAGGACCGCAAGAGCCCCAGGGUGCUAAUCAAGACGCUGGGCAAGCUGGACGGGUGCCUCCGGGUGGAAUUCCACAGCGGCGGCCCGCACGGCGCCGCGGCCCCGGGGGCCUCGGGCGGCCCCGUGCAGCUGCUGCGCUACUCGGCCGGCUCCCCGCCCAGCCCGCGCGCCUCCCCCGCCGCCGCCGCGCGCCCGCGCUCCAGCAAGGGCAGCUCGCUCAGCUCCGAGUCCUCCUGGUACGACUCGCCCUGGGGCCCGGCCGGCGAGGUCAGCGAGGCCGAGGGCUCCUUCGCGGCGCCCGGCACCCCGGAGCCUGAGCCCGAGCCCGGCCUCCACGCCGGCCCCCCGCCCAGGGACGCGCCGAAGCCUUUCAGCCAAAGCGCCUCCCUCUCGUCCCUCCGGGAACCGUACCCGGACGCCACCCUGGGGAGCCUGGCCCCCGCGGCCCUGCGGCUCUCCGACGACUACAUGGGCACGCGUGCCAGCCUCAGCGCCCGCGUCUCCUUCGCCUCCGACAUGGACGUGCCGGCCCGCGUGGAGCGCGGCGAGCCCGGGCAGUUCGCAUCCUUCACCCUUCCCUGCCGCAAGUCCAGGGCCCUGAGCGAGGAGCCCUCCAAGAAGGACACCCUGAAAGCCAGGAUGCGCCGCAUCAGCGACUGGACGGGAAGCCUCUCCAGAAAGAAAAGAAGACUCCAGGAGCCGAGAUCCAAGGAGGGCAGUGACUGCUUUGACAGUCGCUCGGAUGGGCUGAAUGUGGACGUGCAGGGCCCCUCCCAGGCAUCUGCAUCCCUGUGGUCAGGGGGCUCGGCUCAGAUCCUGUCCCACAGAAGCGAAUCCGCUCACGCGAUCGGCAGUGAUCCCCUCCAACAGAACAUUUACGAGAAUUUCAUGCGAGAGCUGGAAAUGAGCAGGACCAACACGGAGAACCUCGAAACGUCCACGGAGACCGCCGAAUCCAGCAGCGAUUCGCUCAGCUCUUUGGAGCAACUGGACCUGCUCUUUGAGAAGGAACAGGGGGUGGUACGCAAAGCCGGGUGGCUCUUCUUCAAACCCCUCGUCACUCUGCAGAAGGAAAGGAAGCUGGAACUGGUGGCUCGGAGGAAAUGGAAACAGUACUGGGUGACACUUAAAGAUAGAUCCUCGGGACGUGUGAUAAGGACAGUGCUUCUCUCUUUCACAGGAUGCACGCUGCUGUUUUAUGAGACCUACGGGAAGAACUCCAUGGAUCAGAGCAGUACCCCUCGGUGUGCCCUGUUUGCAGAAGACAGCAUAGUGCAGGCCGUCCCAGAGCAUCCGAAGAAGGAAAAUGUCUUCUGCCUCAGCAACUCCUUUGGAGAUGUCUACCUUUUCCAGGCCACCAGCCAGACAGACCUGGAGAACUGGGUCACUGCCAUCCACUCGGCCUGCGCGUCCCUUUUCGCAAAGAAGCACGGCAAAGAGGACACGGUACGGCUGCUGAAGAACCAGACCAGAAACCUCGUUCAGAAGAUAGAUAUGGACAGCAAGAUGAAGAAGAUGGCAGAGUUGCAGCUGUCCGUGGUGAGCGACCCAAAGAACAGGAAAGCCAUAGAAAACCAGAUCCAGCAGUGGGAACAGAACCUGGAGAAAUUUCACAUGGAUCUGUUCAGGAUGCGCUGCUAUCUGGCCAGCCUGCAAGGCGGGGAGUUGCCGAACCCCAAGAGCCUCCUUGCUGCUGCCAGCCGCCCCUCCAAGCUGGCCCUGGGCCGCUUGGGCGUCUUGUCAGUUUCCUCUUUCCACGCUCUGGUAUGUUCUAGAGAUGACUCUGCCCUCCGGAAAAGAACACUCUCCCUGACCCAGCGAGGAAGACACAAGAAGGGCUUAUUUUCUUCAUUAAAAGGGCUGGACACGCUCGCAAGAAAAGGGAAGGAGAAAAGACCGUCUAUAACUCAGAUAUUUGAUUCAAGUGGCAGCCAUGGAUUUUCUGGAACUCAGCUACCUCAAAGCUCCAAUAACUCCAGUGAGGUGGAGGAUCUGCUGCACAGAUACGGGUCAGCAGUAGAUCGCGUUCCCCGAGACGGCUCCUGGGAGAGCCAGGCUGACGUUCACUUUCAGGAUCAUCAAGCCGUGACCGUGAUGAUCAAGCCGGAACACAGAGUAGAAGAUAUUCUGACCUUGGCGUGCAAGAUGAGGCAGUUGGAACCCAGCCACUAUGGCCUACAGCUUCGAAAAUUAGUGGAUGAGAGCGUUGAGUACAGUGUUCCUGCACCGUAUGAAUAUAUGCAAGAGCAGGUUUAUGAUGAAAUAGAAGUCUUUCCACUAAAUGUUUAUGACGUGCAGCUCACAAAGACCGGGGGUGUGUCUGACUUCGGGUUUGCAGUGACCGCGCAGGUGGACGGGCACCAGCAUCUCAGCCGCAUUUUUAUAAGUGAUGUUCUCCCGGAUGGCCUGGCAUAUGGGGAAGGGCUGAGAAAGGGCAAUGAAAUCAUGACCUUAAAUGGGGAAGCUGUGUCUGCUCUUGACCUCAAGCAGAUGGAGGCCCUGUUUUCUGAGAAGAGUGUGGAGCUCACUCUGACUGCCAGGCCGCCGGACACAAAAGCAGCUCUCUGUGCUUCCUGGUCAGACAGUGACCUGUUCUCAAGGGACCAGAAGGGUCUGCUGCCCCCUCCUAACCAGUCCCAACUCCUGGAGGAAUUCCUGGAUACCUUUAAAAAGGAUACGGCAAAUGAUUUCAGCAAUGUCCCUGACAUCACAACUGGCCUGAAAAGGAGUCAGACUGAUGGCACGCUGGAUCAGGUCUCCCACAGGGAGAUGGAGCAGCCGUUCAGGAGUGCUGAGCAGAUCGCCGCGCUCUGUAGGAGUUACAGCGACACCCAGACCGACGGCAUGGAAGGACCGAGGGAGAGUCAGGAGCCGCCUCCGAGGCCGCCGGCUCGCCACCUCUCGGAUGCAGAUCGCCUCCGAAAAGUCAUCCAGGAGCUCAUGGACACAGAGAAGUCCUAUGUGAAGGAUCUGAGCUGCCUCUUUGACUUAUACUUGGAGCCACUUCAGAGCGAGACCUUUCUUACCCAAGAUGAGAUGGAGUCACUUUUUGGAAGUUUGCCAGAGAUGCUUGAAUUUCAAAAGGUAUUUCUGGAGACUCUGGAGGAUGGGAUUUCAGCAUCAUCUGACUUUAACAUACUUGAAACCCCCUCGCAGUUUAGAAAACUACUGUUUUCCCUUGGAGGCUCUUUCCUUUAUUAUGCGGACCACUUUAAACUGUAUAGCGGAUUCUGUGCUAAUCAUAUUAAAGUACAGAAGGUUCUAGAGAGGGCUAAAACUGAUAAAGCCUUCAAGGCUUUCCUGGACGCCCGGAACCCCACCAAGCAGCACUCCUCCACGCUGGAGUCUUACCUCAUCAAGCCCGUUCAGAGGGUGCUCAAGUACCCACUGCUGCUCAAGGAGCUCGUGUCCCUGACAGACCACGAGAGCGAAGAGCACUAUCACCUGACAGAAGCGCUAAAGGCAAUGGAAAAAGUAGCAAGCCACAUCAACGAGAUGCAGAAGAUAUAUGAGGAUUACGGGACGGUGUUUGACCAGCUGGUAGCAGAGCAGAGUGGAACAGAGGAGGAGGUCACAGAACUUUCAAUGGGGGAACUUCUGAUGCACUCUACAGUGUCCUGGUUGAAUCCAUUUCUGUCUCUAGGAAAAGCCAGAAAGGACCUCGAGCUCACAGUAUUCGUUUUUAAGAGAGCCGUCAUAUUGGUUUAUAAAGAAAACUGCAAACUGAAAAAGAAAUUGCCUUCGAACUCCCGGCCGGCACACAACUCUGCUGACCUGGAUCCGUUUAAGUUUCGCUGGUUGAUCCCCAUAUCCGCGCUUCAAGUCCGACUGGGGAAUACAGCAGGGACGGAAAGCAAUUCCUUAUGGGAGCUGAUCCACACAAAGUCAGAAAUAGAAGGACGGCCAGAAACCAUCUUUCAGUUGUGCUGCAGUGACAACGAAAGCAAAACCAACAUUGUCAAGGUGAUUCGAUCCAUUCUGAGGGAGAACUUCAGGCGUCACAUAAAGUGUGAAUUACCUCUGGAGAAAACAUGUAAAGAUCGCCUGGUACCCCUCAAGAACCGCGUUCCUGUCUCAGCCAAAUUAGCUUCAUCCAGGUCCUUAAAAGUCCUUAAGAAGUCCUCCUCCAGCAGCGAGUGGCCCGCGGAGCCGGGCAAGGGCAGCUCGCUGGACUCGGAGGAGGGCAGCCUAAGCAGCGGCACGCAGAGCAGCGGCUGCCCCCCCGCCGGGAGCAGCCGGGAAGCCCAGAGACACGCCCACGGGGGCCUGGCCGACUUCUCCGACGGUCUCGUCAAGGAGAGCGACAUUCUGAGCGACGACGACGAGGACUACCAGCGGGCCGGGAAGCAGGGCAGCCCCACCAAAGACAUCGAGAUCCAGUUCCAGAGGCUGAGGAUCUCGGAGGAGCCGGACGCUCGGCCGGCUGAACAGCCGCCCGGCAAGGACGGGCAGCCCAAGCUGGUCCGGGGGCACUUCUGCGCCAUCAAACGGAAAGCCAACAGCACCAAGAGGGACAGGGGAACUCUGCUGAAGGCGCAGACGCGUCACCAGUCCCUGGACAGUCAAUCGGAAAAUGCCAACCUUGACCUCAGCUCUGUUCUCGAGCGAGAAUUCAGCGUCCAGAGCUUAACGUCGGUUGUCAACGAGGAGUGUUUUUAUGAAACAGAGAGCCACGGAAAGGCAUAAUACAGGUCAAUCCAGACACAGGUUAAGUUGCUGGUUUCACUUUUAAACUGGGGGUAAAAUGGAAAUUGCAGAAAAACUAUUCAUUAUUGGGUUUUGUGCAGUAUACAUUUUCCCACAAAUAGUUGUAAAGAUUUAAGUUAUUUUAAUUUAUUGUGCAUCAGAAAACUAGAUUAAACUGGUCAGAAUUUGUAAAUUACUUAGUUUAUAUCCCUUUGAGCAGGUAUCAAAAUGACUUAGAAUCCUUAAAAUGAAACUGCAUUCUAAUUAAUUUAUGUGGAAAAGGGUGGGGAAGUUGUGAUUAAUAGCUUUUGAAAGGUCAUUUUUUUCCAAUCCUCUGGGCAUUUUCUUCGAGCUAUUAGGUUCUGCUUUAUUUAAAAGCAUAUUUAAAUUAUUCUAACGUGGGUUAGGGGUACAACGUGCAGAUAUUUCAUUUUUGUAAGGUUGUAAUAGAUGCUGUUUAUACUAAACAUGUCGUAUCUAUGCAGUGUAUAUAUUAAAAGAAGACUUGUACUGUA